CGUAUACAUAUUAACACACCACAACAAAAUCCUAAAACAAUUGAAUGUCUUUUAGUUUUUAGUUCCAAUCCACCGUAAAAAGAAGGAUUUUUUAGUUUUUCCGACGAAACCAUGAACGGAGCGAUGCCGGAGGACGGUGGCUCCACCGCUCAGAAGCGGCUGAGCAUGAGCUUCAUCGUGUCUCUCAUGGCGCUCUGCGCAAGGCACGCGAAGAAGAUAAAGCUCAGAACCCGGAAUCCCCGUCGAACCCACCUCGAGGACCACCUGAAAAGCCCGAGAUUCGGAAUCUCCGGCGGAAAAUACGGCGGAGGAGGAGAAAGCAAUGGGUGGUGCACUCCGCCCCGGUCGCCGUUCAGAGCGAGGCCGAAGGAACUAUUCACCAGCUUGAGUAACAAGGCCAUGACGAUGGUCCGCCGGAAAAAUCACGGCAAAGGAGGCGGAGCAGCGUCGGAGAAGUCUUAUGCAGCGGCGGAGGAGGAGGAGGAGGAGAUGGAGUACGGUGUUUGGCAAAGGGCGAUAUUGAUGGGUGACAAAUGUCAGCCGUUGGAUUUCUCCGGCGUGAUCUACUACGAUUGCAACGGGCGGCAGGUAAAGGAGUUGCCUCCCCGUUCGCCACGUGGCAGUCCUUUGCUCCAUUACCAGAACCGUUCUUUUGUCGGGUCGCCUUCGGUCACCAACUGAGACGACGUGUCGUUAUUUAAUUGGUCAGUUCUUUAGGAGCUACCGUGUCUUCUUUAGAUUACCACACACACACAAAUAUAUGGUUAAUAAAUAUUGUGAUAUGACAUGUAUAAGUAUAAUUCAUACAUAUGGCAAUCAAAAAACAAAAAAAGUUUUGUAUAAAUUAGAUCCGCGAUUUUGUUUUUAAAAAAAAAAAGCAAUUGGAAUCACCAAAGACCGGCCCUCGGGUUGGCAAUUGGCUUCUAAGGUUUUUGACCAGGCCUCCUCAUUGUACUAUUAUAACACAACGAAUAUUUAUUUGA